AUGGCAUUCUCGCUUGGUCGUUCUCUAUUUUCAUUUACAACACCAUCAACAACGACAAAUAAUAAUAAUACAAUCGAUCAAGAAACGAUUGAAAGUCUUUGUGAUCGUUUACAAACGGCAAAACGUAUCAAAGAUCGGCGACAUAUUGUAUGUGCUCUUAAAGCACUUUCUAAAAAAUGCAAACUUGAAGUUGGUACUAAAAGUAUAACUUUAUUAGCAAAUAUUUUACAAGGUGAUAGAACUGAUUUCGAUCUUAUUCAAUUGGUACUUGAAACAUUAACUAAUCUGAUCACAUACGAUGUUGGUAGUGAUGAAGAACAAUCAGAUUUACCGCAAGGUAAUUACUGUUCAAUUUACAGGUAAAAGUUUUAUCGGCUAGAGAAAAAGAAUAAAUGAAAAAGUUUGUUCUUUAGAAUUAUAUAUUCAAAAUAAGAAACGUGUUCA